AACUUAGCACGCCCCGCUGCCGCCUCCAGCGCGCACAGACACAGAUAACACAGCCUUCCCUGGCCGCGGGUCGCCCACUCCGCUCCGAGCUUCCUAGAGGUGAACUUCAGCGCAAGGCUGUUGCAGCUGCCGACAGUAUCGCCGCACCGGCUUUUGUGCCGCACAGCAAACCGAGCCCUGCGCGCCUGCAUCCUCGCUCCCCUGCGCUCCACAGACACCCCGUCGCACUUUGCGCAAAUGGUAAAGAAAGUUGGUGGUGUGUGCGUCGCCGCUUUGCUCCUGCUCGCUGGAGUGAUCGGGAUUAUACUGCUGGCGGGACCCACCAAAGACAUGAGGGAUUCCCCCGAUUACAAGUAUGGGAUCGUGCUGGAUGCUGGCUCCUCCCACACCGCCAUGUACAUUUACAAGUGGCCAGCGAACAAGGAGAACGACACGGGCAUCGUGAGCGAGCACAGCCAGUGCAAGGUGAAAGGGGUCGGGAUCUCAAGCUAUGCCAGCAACCCUCCUGGGGCAGGACAGAGUUUGGUGGAGUGUCUGGACCAGGCUGUGCAGGACGUGCCGAAGGCGAGGCAUGCACAGACCCCCAUAUACCUGGGGGCCACCGCGGGCAUGAGGCUGCUCAACCAGACCAGUCCCAGUGACUCAGACCUGGUCCUCAGCACCGUGGCGUCCACGAUCCGCUCCUACCCCUUCGACUUCCGGGGAGCCAAGAUCCUGACGGGCCAGGAGGAGGGCGUGUUCGGCUGGGUGACCGUCAACUACCUGCUGGAGAACUUUGUCAAGUAUGGCUGGGUGGGGCGCUGGGUGAACCCCAGCAGGAGCACGGUGGGUGCCAUGGAUUUUGGCGGCGCCUCGACACAGAUCACCUUCGUGACGCAGGAGAAGGUGGAGAGCAGCGAGGAUGAGAUGAACCUGCGGCUGUACGGACACGGCUACAGGGUUUACACACACAGCUUCCUCUGCUACGGGAGGGACCAGGUGCUCAAGAAGGUCCUGUCUAAGGUCUUCAAGGCUCAGGGCUAUGGGAAGGCAGUGAGUCACCCCUGCUGGCCGGCUGGUUACUCUGCGCAGGUGAUGCUGGCGUCAGUGUACGACUCUCCCUGCACGGCCCACGAGAGACCCAGCGGGUACCGCUCUGAGGACAGCGUGAAGGUGACUGGGACUGGGGACUGGCAGCAGUGCCACUCGGUCGUCAGCCAGAUCUUCGACUUCCAAACCUGCGCGCACUCCAAGUGCUCCUUCAACGGAGUGUUCCAGCCCAACGUCUCGGGUAACUUCAUGGCAUUCGCUGCAUUCUAUUACACCCACAACUUCAUCCAGAGGACCACGGGCAUCAGGGUGGGCUCUGUGGGUGAGCUGGACCAGGCUGUGCCGCGCAUGUGUGCCAUGAAGUUCGAUGAGAUGCUGCAGAAAGCUCCGGACCAGAAGACUUGGAUCCAGGAUUACUGCACUAUCAGCAUCUUCAUGCAGCUGCUCACCAGGCAAGGCUACAAGUUCAACAACAGCACCUUCCCCAGCAUCUCCUUCCAGAGGAAGGCAGCUGACACCUCGAUCGGCUGGGCUCUGGGCUACAUGCUGAACCUCAGCAACAUGAUCCCGGCGGAGAGCCUGGCACUGCUCAAGGCCACGCAGUUCGGGGCCUGGGUGGUGCUCCUCACCCUCUUCGUGCUCGUCAUCCUCUGCUCUCUGCUGCUGCUGCAGCAGCUGCUGUGCCGCUCCAAGAAAGAGGCCAGCGUCAACUAACCAGCCCCCCCACGCAGCGGUCCUGCCGCCCGGCCCGGACGCACUGCAGCUGCCCCCGUCUCGCGAUGGAUAGCCUCACAUUUAACCGCUUCACAAAUAUUAACGCCUACCCUUGAAAACUGUCUGUGCAAACUCAUCAUUUAACACGGCUGCUUGAGGUUUAGUUUUGUUUUUAUCUAAAGGAUUCUGCAGGAGGGUGCUGGGAGAGGGGCUUCGCUUUGUGUUCAGAAUCCCUGGUGUUUGAAGACGCAGGGUGGGGUUUGUUUUUUCUGGUUUUUUCUGGUGCGGGGUGGUGCUGGGACUCCCGUUGCAGAGCAGUUUGAUCCCUUCCAGGUUUUACACACUGAGUGUAAUCAGAUAACGUCAGUAGUGUGGGAGCUCACAGCACCACGUGGACUGGCUCAAACUGCCCUCAACAGGACUCUGAUUCGCACUCCUGAGAUCUGGCUGCAGCCCAGGUUUUUACUCAAUGCACGUUCUCCACGGAGUAUCCAAGUGCGAGAAAAACAGUGACACUGAACUUGUCAGGAGACCCAACAGAGUGGGAAGUGAAUCUAGAAGAACAUCUCCACUGUUUUUCCUGUUAACAGUUCAGAAAACGAGAAGGAAAUCACAAGAGAUGUGCAGUUGCCCCCGGAGACCAGCCGGGUGGUCAAACAGAAGCAGCCAGCUGGUUAGACUGCCUUCAGUUCACCUCUUAGAUAGAGCACAGUCUGUGCUGUGAGUGAGUCUCCUGUGACAGCACCCACUCCCUCUGCUGGCCCUGCUUCUGUCUGACCCAUCAGCGGGCAGUGAUGUCACCCUCCAGCCAUUGUGAUGUCACUGUGAGGUCCAACAAUGGCAUGCAGUUAUCCCAGGUGUGGGUGUGUAAAAUCCUGAUAUUUGCCUCUUUUGUAAACUGUGUAUUUCUCUGUAUUCUUUAGUGAUGUCACGCUGUUCCUAGAUGUAAUUCUCUCUAGGGAACACAGUUGAUAAUUCAGGUAAGGAUGGUGCAGACUGCGGGUUCGAUAUCACCCUGUGGAGUCGUUCUCCAAACAGUGGACCAUGGCUUCAGAGUGAUGCCAGUGGGGAAACAUGCAUGUUUUUAUAGGAUGAUUUACCAUGCCUGUUCAGUUUAGUGAUAAAGUUUUUUAAAAGAUGCCUGUUUACUAUUUGUUAGUAAAUACUGCCAUGUUUCCGCUGUCUUCCAAUGCUUCCUGUGACUCUUGCUUUGUAAUGCUGAGUCUUCUAACAUUACGAGCACAGCAUUACCAGCACUGGCCACAAGGGGGUGGAAGAACACACUACAGCUGAAACCUGCAGCACAGCGAGCUGCAUUCAUUGAGGACGCAAUGCAUGUCUUUGUACAGCUUUCUGAAGAGUAUGUGUUUCUUUAUACAAUUAAAAAGUUACAAAGUU